AUGGAUGCUGGUACUGCUCCGGGACAACCAGCUGGCUCGCUGACCGCAGUGUUUACACAGAAAUCGUGUGUCCAACACCGCUACAUACGCUCCCGCGACACGUCCUGCAUUGUGGAACGGCCUGAGCGCCUACGCGCUGUUCAUGUCGGCCUGGCGGCAGCGGUCGCGCGACUGGAGGAGUCGUUCGCUGCCCCACGCGACUCCAACGCCAAAGCAGAACCCAAGGAAGAACGCAGCGACGCGUCGGUCGACAUCCUAAACAAUGCAGCCGUGAAGUUUAUUCAUGGCGACAUUGAAGGAGACGUGUACCUGGAGAACUUGAAGCGGUGGACUGCAGAAAGUCGCGCGAAGAUCGACAAGGGCGAAAGCGAGAUCCCGGAAGGUCUCCCCCAAGGAGAUCUGUACUUAUGCCCCGAGUCGCUACUUGCAAUACAAGGGGCCUUGGGCACCGUCUGUCAGGCCGUCGAUACCGUGGUUGGUAGCAUUCCGGACACUGGAAUCUCGCGCGCCUUUGUCGCGCUAAGACCGCCUGGUCACCAUUGCGGAGAAGACUCACCGUCUGGAUUUUGCUUCGUGAACAACGUCGCCGUCGCCGCCGCUCAUGCGCACCUUAAGCAUGGGAUUAAUCGCAUAGUCGUGCUCGAUAUCGACCUUCACCAUGGGAACGGAACACAGUCAAUCGUCUGGCAGAUUAACGAGGAAUCGUACAGAAAGGCGCUCGAGCAGGAAGCCGGUGCACCUCUAGACAAGCCCGGUCUGCAAGUCUACUACGGGAGCAUCCACGACGUCCUUUCCUAUCCAUGCGAGGAUGGGAAGCUCGAGCUUGUACAGGCCGCCUCAGUGUCGAUCCACGGACCGCACGGUCAGCACAUCGAGAACGUGCACCUCCGGCCGUACAGCUCCGAGAAGCAAUUUCAUGACGAGCUCUACACCGGCCCAUACUCCAAGCUACUCAGCAAGGCCGCCGAGUUCCUCGACGAGACAGGUGGUCCGGGCGAUGAUUGCGGGUUCGACGCGAGCGAACACGAAUACCCUUCCAUGUCUCGACACCAGCGCCACGUCCCGACCUCGUUCUACCGCCGCUUCGCCAACGACACGCGAAGGCUCGCGGAACGCUAUGCCCGCGGGCGCUUGAUCAGCGUGCUCGAGGGUGGGUACAGCGACCGCGCGCUGACGAGUGGCGCCAUGGCACACCUGAUCGGCCUCGCAGAGGCGGAGGGAGCUGCGGUAGACGAGAGCUGGUGGAGUUUGGACAAUCUAACCGAGCUUGAACAAGCCACGAAGAAACGGCGGGGCGGCCGAGUCUCUCAGCCUACCGCACCCGCGCCGUGGCUCGCCCGAACGGUUGAGGUCUUCGCAACCAUCGACUCUUCGCAUCUUGUACCUCCUACAACAUCCACGCGCAACGCGGUCCCGCCCUCUUCCCGAGUGCUCAGGGAGCGCAAGACACCUCAUCUUCCGUCUAAACAGAAGUCAAGCACGUUACCGAAGAGAUCGGACGCGAAGAGGACCGGAGUUAAGGGGGACCUUGGAGUAGAGGUUAUGGUCAAGCAAGAGGAGCCGGAAGGAGAUGAACUAUCCGACGACGCGUCUACGUCCUCGUUGUCUUCGCUUUCGGACGCUCUUGACGAUGAUCAAGCGCCGAAGAGACUACCUCGCGUCAUAUUGAAGCUUGGACCUCGACCCGCCGAUGCCGACGUGUCAUGA